GGCAGAGAGAGGGAGAGAGGGAAGCAAGAGGGAAAAAAAAGGCUUAAUUAAUUCAUGCUGAAGGGGAGGGAUGUUACGGCGGCUCAGUGAAGGGGCUUUGCCACCGCGGCUGGGCUGUCUCUAGCACCCAGCCUGUUCGUAGGAGACUGCAAGUCGGAGACGCACAACACACACACAAGCGCACACACACACACACACGCACACUCUCUCUCCCCAUGCCCUGCCUGGAGGAAGCCUGUACUCUCACAUCGACACGAGGAGCAGACACCAUCACUGAGGUUAACGGAGAGAUUAUCGGGCGCCGCUGUGAGCGCCCCGGUGGAUCCGACACAUCUCCCUGCAUGCCUCUGGCAGUCGCCCUGAGCCAACUCUGCCUCCAGCGUCCGCCUGCACCUCAGCCUCUUCUUCACCAUCCUCGUCCUCGUCCUCGUCCUCGCCAGAGCCGGAGCCUGACCUUCACACUCGUACCCUUUCUGUGAUCUCCCCGCCCGCCCCACCCCCACCCCCACCCAGGCGGCGCGUCGUCUGUCCUCCUCGGCCGCCUCAUCGUCUCCUCUUCGCGCGUCUGUGUCGCUUCAGAUGACCCGUCCCGUCGUCCGGCUCGGCAGGCAGGGAGCCGAGAUGUGGCCAGCCCUGCGCAGCAGCCCCUCAGCGCACCUCCACGAGGGAUAAACGCCGUCGCCGACAACACACACGCACACGCGCACACACACACACCAGUAACACACAGAUACACAUAGACACACACGCACCCUUAGACUAGACACACCCACUCACACUGUACAUACAUACACGUUGACACACACUCACAUACAUUAUACCCAUACUGUGACCCCCAUACCCCCAUACUAACUCAUAAACACACACACAUACACUCACACACCCACCCACUAAACACAUACACACCUCACAGAUGUACGCUCACAUAUCCAACUUAUAGAUACAAACACUCAUACGCAAGAACAGACACACACACACACACACACACACACACACACACACACACGUGCACACAUGCAGUGUGAAAUGGGGGACUGCAGCUGGGUGUGUCUGAGUCCGGCAGAGUUCGCUCAACUGCAGCAGUACAGUGAGUACUCCACCAAGAAGCUGAAGGAUGUCCUGGAGGAGUUCCACGGCAACGGUGUCCUCUCCAAGUACAACCCGGAGCAGAAGCAAGACGUUCUCAACCAACCCAUCGACUAUGAGGGCUUCCAGCUCUUCAUGGCCACCUAUCUGGAGAACGACAUUCCCGAGGACCUGUGCCAGCACCUCUUCACCUCCUUCAAGAGCAAGACAGGUGGGGGAUGCUCUCCAGAGGCUCCCCGUGCCGGAGCCAGCAUGCUGGAGCCCAUGUCGAUCGAUGCAGGCAUCUCUAUACAGACCGAAGUGGCCUGUGCUCCAAUUACAGGCAUGAACGGAAAGAGCAUCCUGUCCGCCAUGGGCAGGCACACUCCCGAGCACUCCGGCGUCCCGACGCCGAGCUCCGGGGCCACCACGUCGCCCUGCUCGUCCCGCUCCUCGUCUCAGCGCUCGGGGACUGGGGGGCACACGCCCAAGGGCCACAGCCGCUCGCCCUGCGGCCAGUCCAAACCCAUGGGGGGCAGCAGCAACGCCCUGGCCCCCACCAAGACCACAGGCUCCCCUCGGCUCUCACCUGAGCGGACGCGGAGUGAGAAGUGUGUGUCCCAGAAGAGAAGCCCCUCGCCUCAGAAGGGCUCUCCUCUGCCCUCCCCUCAGGUGGUCUUCCUCAAGGACAUUGUGUGUUACCUGUCGCUGCUGGAGAGGGGCACACCAGAGGACAAGCUAGAGUUCAUGUUCCGGCUGUACGACACGGACGGCAAUGGUGUACUGGACAGCUCGGAAGUGGACCGCAUCAUCAAUCAAAUGGUCCAUGUGGCAGAGUAUCUGGAGUGGGACUCCACAGAGCUGCGACCAAUCCUGAAGGAGAUGAUGGAGGAGAUUGAUUUUGACAAAGAUGGGACCGUUACUCUGGAGGAGUGGAUUAGAGGAGGAAUGACCACCAUACCCCUUCUGGUGUUGCUGGGCAUGGAGACGAAUGACCAGGAGGAUGGGCAGCAUGUGUGGAGACUGAAGCACUUCAACAAGCCGGCCUACUGUAACUUCUGCCACACCAUGCUCCUCGGGGUCCGCAAACAAGGCCUCUGCUGCUCCUUAUGCAAGUACACAGUCCAUGAGCGCUGUGUGUCCAAAGACAUCGCUGCCUGCAUCAGCACCUACGCCAAGUCCCGCAGACACACCAACGCUAUGCAGCAUGUGUGGAUGGAGGGGAACUCGCCCACCAAGUGUGACCGUUGCCACAGGAGCAUUAAGUGCUACCAGGGCCUGACCGGACUGCACUGUGUCUGGUGUCAGAUCACUCUCCAUAAUAAGUGUGCCUCCAACGUGAAGCCAGAAUGUGACGGCGGAUUCUUGAGAGAUCACACGCUCCUGCCCUCCUACAUCUGUCCUGUCGUGCUGGACCGACACUCUGUAGUGAAGAGAGGUGAGAGUGAGUCUCCACCGAGCACUAGUCCCGAUGACUCGAACCAGUGCUUCAAAUUCACAGGAGAUGGACAAGCACUUCAGAUCACGCCGCUGCCAGGGACGCAUCCCUUGCUGGUGCUCGUGAACCCAAAGAGUGGUGGGCGGCAGGGGGAGAGGGUGCUACGGAAGUUCCGGUAUCUGCUGAACCCCCGACAGGUCUACAGUCUGGAGCUCGGAGGGCCCAUGGUGGGACUCAACUUCUUCCGUGACGUUCCUGAUUUCCGCGUGCUGGCCUGUGGAGGGGACGGGACAGUGGGCUGGAUCCUGGACUGUAUCGAUAAAGCUAACUUUGCCAGAGAUCCACCUGUGGCUAUCCUUCCGCUGGGCACGGGGAACGACCUGGCCAGGUGUCUGCGCUGGGGAGGAGGCUAUGAAGGCGGCAGCCUGCUGAAGGUCCUCAAAGACAUUGAACACAGCACAGAUAUGGUGCUCGAUCGGUGGAACAUCGACAUCAUCCCAGAUGACAAGGAGGAGAGGGGCGACCCUGUCCCCCAAAGCAUCGUGAACAAUUACUUCUCUAUUGGAGUGGAUGCAUCUAUAGCACACCGCUUCCAUCUGAUGAGGGAGAAGCACCCGGAAAAAUUCAACAGCAGUGCGAUGGCAUUGUCCUAGACCUCAGCAACACCUCUCUGGAGGGCAUUGCCGUGCUCAACAUUCCCAGCAUGCACGGCGGCUCCAACCUGUGGGGCGAGACCAAGAAGAGGCGGAACUACAACCGCAUGAGCAAGAAGGCGCCGGAGAGGAUGCCGGCGAUCACCGUCACCGACGUCAAGGAGCUCAAGUUCUGCAGCCAGGAUGUGAGUGACCAGCUCUUGGAGGUGGUGGGUCUGGAAGGAGCCAUUGAAAUGGGACAGAUCUACACCGGGCUGAAGAGUGCAGGCCGACGGCUCGCUCAGUGUGCCAGUGUCACUAUCAGAACGUCGCGCCUGCUCCCCAUGCAGAUCGACGGCGAGCCCUGGAUGCAGCCCCCAUGCACGAUACGAAUUACCCAUAAAAACCAGGUGCCCAUGUUGUUUGGUCCACCCCAGAAGACUCCCUUUUUCUUUUUCAAGAAGCGUAACAAGAGUCGGGAUUAAAAGGAAGAACUGUUGGAGGAGUCAGUCACCCACACAAUAAAAAAAACUCACAUAUUCAAACACACGUACACACAGAAAAAAACAUAAUGCCUAUCAAUUCAGUCGCCUGAACUUUUGGAGGUUGGAAGACUUGGACAGACAUGACGAAUAUCUUCAUGGAAAGAGACUACAUUUGAAAAGACCUGGAGUUUUUCUAGAGUAGACGAUGGGAGACCAGUUCAGUCCGUUUGACCACUUCCUGUGCAUCUAAACUUUUGGAUGUCCUGCCAUAGGCCUUGCAACACCACCCCAACCCCCUUCCCCAAACAGCCCUCCACCUCCCACCUCUCCACGCCAUCCCAGCCCUGCCACAGCCUCAUGUCCCGUCCCUUCACCAAGAGUUUGCCAUGAAAAUACUCUUAAGAGAGGUUCCUCACAAACUACAGCCAAUACUAAGACACUGAAGACACAACAAGGGAAGGAAGGGGGACAUAAGGACAAAGCAAGAGAGAGAGAGAGAGUGUAAUUGGGCAGGGACUGGAGGGGGAAAAGAGAGUUCAAAUGGUUUGCCAAAGAAGGACAAAAAGUGUGGAACAGUGAAGAAAAAGAGGAAGCCAAAAAAAAACCCAACUCACAAAUAAAAGGAAACGAUAAUGUGCAGGACUGGGAGUGGAUGCUGCCCUCGCGGACGUCAUAGCGGGUCCAAGUUUGGCCCCUAAACAGGGAUGGAGAACAAGCCUCCUCUCUCCUGGAGGAGCCAAAUAAAUAAUGAAUCGGCGAACGCAAAAGCACUCACUCCAGUGCCUCUGCCUGAGCACCCCCCCCCAUCCUGCUACAUGCUAUCGCUAAAGAGAUGGAGGAACUCAUUCAUUAUUGAGGAGUUUGUUUACGAUGGGGAGGGGUGCGGCGGCGGCGGCGGCGGCGUUUCCUUAAGCAUCAUCAGGCCGGGGCGUGCGUUUGGUUGGUUUAUCUGCCGUUCCACCCCCAGGCAACGCGCUGUGGCUGACCCAGGGGUUUUGCAACGCAAAGGCGUCUCUGUAACCGGAUCUUAUCUGUCAUCUCCUGCCGGUCCAUUGGAGCUGGAGGACCAUCCCAGUCAGGUCGCUGCAGGAGUCGGUGCAUGGGCCCCUUCAUCAUAGACCAGUGUUGACUCAGGGCUACAUUUGCAUUCACUUUCACACGACACAAGCCAUCAGAAAACGUUCGGGUUUUAUAGCGACAGGCUUCUGGCUUCGCCCAUCUGUUAUCAAUUGCCACCAAUUUCUUACUGACUCAUCGCACAUAGAAAACCGUGUUAACGUCGGCAUCUGUUGUUCUCUGCUGUUCUGUAGACAGAAAAUCUUACUGUGAUGCAUUUUUAUAGGCUCCAAAUGAACAUAGAAAACAAGCACUGCCUGGAUACCACUGUUUCCCCUCGAAACAUAUCUCUCCCCACAGAGAUAGCGUGGGGACGGAUCAUUACUCUGAGCCCAGUCUACCAGAACACAGAACCAGAAGGCAGUCUCGGCCCCCCUGGGGAUGGGUGUUGCUUAAUUUACUGUCGCACGGACAGCCUAAAUUUAACCGCCUAUUUCAGGGAGCAUCAAUCGCGUGAAACACUACUCCUAAUAACAGCACUGAGAAAACAUCAGCUCGCAAUGUCAAGCCACACAGUCAAGAGUCGCCCCAAGUCCCCGCUGCGAUGGAAAGGGGGGAAGGCGGGCAAUGCGCGACCCUGGGUUGAAUAUUACCGUUGUCACGGUGACCUUUUUAUCAGUGAAAUGGGAUAUGAACUGCCCAACGGACUUCCAAAGGGGCAGAGAGAUGGGGAAAAAAUGGUGUUUACAGAUUCUACUGUAUCCAUUUGAUGUAGCCUUUGAAAAUAUCAUUGUCAACCUUCAACUGCAAGACGUGCUAUGUGUGUAGACACAGUCUCUUUUUGUAUUAUGAAAAAUAAGUGUGCAUAUAUAUAUAUAUACAAUACCUACAUAUAUAUAUAUAUAUAUAUAUAUAUAUAUGUGUGUGUGUGUGUGUGUGUAUAUAAUUAUAUAUAUACUGUAUAUAUAUAUAUAAUUAUAUAUAUAAAUAUAUAUAUAUGAAUGUGUUUGAUCUUAUAACUUGUAGAGCAUUGUACAGUAAUAUAGCCUCAAAGAAUACAGUGUUACUUAAUCAAUUACCUGCCUGACUGUCAUAGCCAGGCACAUGUCUAUGCUGAUUGGUCCCCUUCAGUCCUCAUAUGCAUUUGGCAAGGUGCUUUGUAAGGAGGAGGAGGUAGCCACAUUUUCACGCUUGAGAAUUGCUAUGUUGUUGGGUUUUUGCACUCAGAAAUGGAAAUAGGCCUGCAUCGAGCAUUUCUAAACAAAAUAUUCCUGGCCAUUAUUAUUUUUUAUUUAAUUUGCCAGUGAGAAACCACACUUGGCUUUUUUGAGAGGAGGCGGAUGGUUGGCACAGCGCUGAUGUGCCAGACCCCGCCCUCCCCUCUGCCUGUUCCCUUUAACUACUCUGAACCGAGGAUGCUGUGUCAGGGGCCGCAGGAAUCACGUAAAGCCAGUCCAUAAUAACCACUGUGGCCAUGGCGGUCCCCUCCACUAAAACGAUUCCCUUUGAAGUCGCCACCUCAAGUAAUCAGCAGCUCUGUCGGGAGCUGACAUGGGUGACGCUCAGUAUGUUAGUAACAUUAAGCAAGUGGACCCAAGGCAAUGCCACAUGCCAGUGGUUGGGUCGUCACAUUCCUGGUCACCUAGUCCUGUGGUAUCAAAGCGAAAAGCGAGGCGGGUUCAGUGAACGAGUGCAUGUUUACAGCUACUUUUUCAGUUACCAGUUUUGAAUGAUUUUGAAUAGUUCUGUAUAUAUAGAUAUUUGUUUAUAUUUUACCUGAGGUUUUAUCACCACCGCAUGCCUGCUGAAUCAAAGGAGACCAAGAUGUCUGCUUGAGAAGAGACCACGCUGAUUGUCGUUAUUCCCUGCACCCCCACCCUACCACCCCUAGCCAACCCCUAUCAGCUUAUGCACAUCAAUCACAUCUUUUGUAUUCGGAGUAAUUUUUUUUGUUAUUUUUUUUUUAUUGCUCAUGCAAUAGCAUGUUAUAUAUUGUAAAGACUGCACCCAGAGCUUGUGUUAAGUAGCCUCUUUUUUGGAGAAGAGUCAAUAAGCAGCCAUCUGCUCAAUAACCGAAUAACUGUCUAGGAUAUCUUUCCAACUGUCUUGUGUCCAUCAGGCUCGAUUUGCCACCAACAUUGUCCAGUUACAUGUUGUCUCUGUCAAUGUCAAUGAUGGAUAGCCUUAAUUUACAAGUAUAAGAAAAAACAGCAUUUUUUUUUUGCCUCGAGACACUAGGUCACUUGCAAUAUAGAAAUAGGCCCGAGAAAAAAUGAGUGAUGAGUUACUCCACUGUGUUGCAAGGAAGCUGCCAUUGGUACUCAUAUUACUAUGUCAGGCUAGAGAGCUGGGAGACCCAUUAGCCACAAUAGUUGAUUUCUUCUCGUCUAAUCAUGAAGUCGUCAUGUGUAUGUGUGGUUGCGUGCCCGUGUGUGUGUGUGUGUGUGUAUGUGUGUGUGUGUGUGUGUGUGUGUGUGCGCAGAGUCUGUGCCGCACCACCACCCUGUCUGCUGACUGUGGACAUCUCUAUGUUUUCCUUCUACUUGUUUAUAACAACGAUGCAAAUGGAUAUCAGUGAGUAAGCCAUGCUGCUUUUCUGAGAGACCGUCAAGUACAGCAACUACACACAUUUAAAACGCAUCAGCACCAUCUCCCAAACAAUCAGGUUAGCCCAAUCAUAUCAUCAUCUUGGCACACAUCUUCCCAUGUAAUUCUUUUUGUAGAACAAAGUUUGUCCGAAAUCGCUACAAAAAGCAGAUUGGUGUUAUGCACCCACCUGCUACGCAGCCAUAAGCCCCAGCUCUCACAAGAGUGAACUGUUACAUUCCCAAUCUCUGACCACCGAUUCGACCUUGGCCUGGAGUCCCUUACAGAAGCAGCAUGGUAGGCUAGCAUAGCAACAGCAUCAACUCUAUCUCGUCUUAUUAGUCUCGGGCAGAUAAACAGUAUUGAGUGUCGUGCACUGUCGCACAAAUGCAUUUAGGGCCAAUGUCAUCCUCCUCAGUCCUGAAUGUGAUGUUCUAACUACAUGUAUGCAUACGCCUCUGUCCUCUUCCCACCACUAGGGUUUGUGUGGUGUGUCCAUCUGUGUAAGCAGCAAAGGGUCACGGACAAAGCAACAGCCCUCUGGUCUGCCCGUG